AGCGGACGACAUGUGAGCCCUCAUCAUUCCAGGUUUUAGGGCACUAAAGCCUCUUCCACUCAUAAACCUCACUGGCUUUCUCUCUUGAGGUCAAUUUUACUUUCCCAAUGGCCGGAGAAUUCAAACUGUCUUUCCUGUGGCUUGUUAUAGCCUGUGUUGUGCUGGCAUCUUCCUCAAUGGAAGCACCGGAUUCAUUAUCAUCCACAACGCAUGACCUGACUUCUUCACCGGUUAUGGUUAGUUCGUCCACAAACCCGGUAUCUCCUUCAACGGUGACGUCGGGUUCGGUUAGUUCUACCACAAAGACUCCUUCAACGGUGACGACGGGUUCGGUUAGUUCUACCACAAAGACUCCUUCACUGGUGACGUCGGGUUCGGUUGGUUCGACCACAAAGACUCCGUCACUGGUGACGUCGGGUUCGGUUGGUUCGACCACAAAGACUCCUUCAACGGUGGCGACGGGUUCGGUUGGUUCGACCACAAAGACUCCUUCAACGGUGACGCCGGGUUCGGUUGGUUCGACCACAAAGACUCCUUCAACGGUGGCGACGGGUUCGGUUGGUUCGACCACAAAGACUCCUUCAACGGUGACGCCGGGUUCGGUUGGUUCGACCACAAAGACUCCUUCAACGGUGACGCCGGGUUCGGUUGGUUCGACCACAAACCUGGCACCUUCUGCAACGAUGACACCAGGUUCAGUGGGUUCAUCCGCGACGCCUGUACCUUCUUCAACAACAGCACCAGGACCUUGUGAUAUAAACCCAUGUGGCCAGGGGAGCACUUGUGAGGUUCGUGCCAAAGGAACCUUUGUGUGCUUGUGCUUGCCUGGUGAGAACUACAAUUAUAUCAGACAAAGUUGUGAGAAUGCUAAAGUUUUCCCUGGACAACUAGCCCUGCCUAAAUUAACAUAUGAUCCAAACAUGAAAAUCAAGGGAUCACCAGAAUUUAACGAGGCCUCACAAAUUAUUUAUAACGAGCUUGCAACUGUUUUCACGGCACCUAAUGGUUACUCUAAUGUUACAGUGCUCACACUCGAGCCACUUGUGCAGAGCAAAGUUAGGUCAAAGUCACAGCAAGGGAUCAAUGCAUCAAUCGAGAUCCUCUUCACCACAAAUUCUACCAUCACAACAGAUGAAAUUAACAGUAAGAUGGUCAAUGCCAGUAAAUGUGAAGGCUGUCAACUGGCAGGCGCAUCUUUCAGUGAUACAGAGCUGUGUGAUAAGAAUCCCUGCCAUAAACUGACCACAGAGUGCCAGUCGGGAGAUGGAACUUUUAAGUGUACCUGUAAGAGUAACUACAUUAAGACAGACUUCAGUGACAGAAUAUGCAUUGCUUGUGACAGUGGGCUGCAAGCAGAGAAUUCUCUCAUAUGUGUCCCUUGUGCAUUUGGCUAUUCUGGUUUGAACUGCAGUGAAUCCUGGAAGCUGACACUGGUGAUCGUUGGCUCCGUGCUCGGGGGACUCCUACUCAUCACACUCAUCAUUCUGCCUAUAGUGGCAGUCAAAUGCUCAAAGAAGAAAACCAAGAAGAACAGCAAAGAAGAUAUUGGUAAGCCUUAUGUCAGUCACUCUCCUGUCAAGUUACCAUUGGUCAAUGGUAACAGCAGCUUGGCAAACAGCCAGGCACCCUCACUUAAUGGGUCAGCCUAUGGCAAUGCUGGGGUGCCUAAAAUCCCACGGGCAACAACAACCACCAGCAGCUGGGACAGCAGGACCAACCUGGAGAUGGUUCCUAGCAACAGUCGGCAAAACCUGAUCUCUGUGGACAGGAACUCGCGUCUCUACGACGACCCAGAUGAUAUGGUACCAUACACUCAGUCUCGGCCUCAGGGCAACGAGUAUGCUCAGGUACGACCACGGAACAACCCAUACGCCCAGGAUCGACCUCAGAUCAGCCCAUAUGCCCAGGAUCGACCUCAGAUCAGCCCAUAUGCCCAGGAUCGACCUCAGAUCAGCCCAUAUGCCCAGGAUCGAGCUCAGAACAACCCGUAUGCACAGAACCAGGGCCAUGCCAAUCCUUACUACGUGCACAACAAUGAAAAAUGGUCGAACUAAUGAUAAACCACAAAAGAUGUUUACCCAGAUCAAAAACUUGUUGACUUUUUGUUUGAGACAGAAUCAGAAUUAUUUUCCCCCUUCAAAUAUUAACCCACUAUUAAUAUCCCAUUACUGCACAGUAAGAGUCAUAUAAACAAAAGCUUGAUGGUUGCAUAGGCUUUAUGCAACAAGGGUUGUUAUCUUCUUUCACCACUUACAAUGGGAAAUUGGUGAUGUCAGAGUCACGGAACGGGGUCACUGCAUUUGUGGAAUAUAUUAUAGUCUCAACUUCAUGGUGUUGAAUCUAUUCUGACCAAUUAUAAGUUGUCAUAACCAUUCCUGCCUUUUCUCAUCUAAUCUUUAUGAAAAUUUGGGAUAUGACAAACGCUAUCGAACUUUUCAAAGGUUUCUCAACAUUUUUAGUGCCAGUCAAUUAAAAUGUGACUUAUUUAACAGCAUCAAAGUGAUGCUCUGAAAUGAGGAUAUUUCUCUUGUCUAUGAAUUUACAAACACUUGUUUUAAAUGUUAAGUAUUAAGGGUUUCUGAUGAGUCUAGUUCAUGCGUAACACCAGAUUGAACAUGUUUUUGUGAAUGAGACAGGUUUUCUUUUUUUCCUAGUAAUACGUAUGAGUUCUUCCCUCAAAUCAGGGCCUCUAAAUAUUCCAAUGUAAUUUGUGUGAUAUGUUUACGACAUUGAAAUUUCAUAUUUUGUAUAACGGAGAGUAUAUUUUGUUUAUGUUUAACCUAUUCCAUGAAUGCCAUUAAAAUAGCAAUAUUCAGAAAUAUUUUAGCAUAUAAUAUAUUGUUUAAGUUUUCCUUUGUGUAUUAUCUGAUAAUUCAUUCUUUUUACCAGGUUCAAAUACAUUGAAAAUUAUCAUUCUGAAAUAAAGGACCUGAUACUUUU